CAAACACUUAUUCGAUAAGCUUGAAUCUGAUCAUGGAUUAGAAGGUAUAGUUGGUUAUGAUCUGAUAGGUGAAGAAAUAAAAAGCUUAGAUUUACAGUUUCAUAGUAUGAGUAUCUCGUUAUUCGAUGAAGAUUUUAACAAAGCUAGCUCAACUAAAAAUAAUUUAUCUAAAUCAACAGAAUCUAAACCUAGUCUAGCUCAAGAGGAGAGUAAGAAAAAUAAUGUCAAAUAUUCUAUAGAUGCUUCUUCUAAUUCAGAUACUUCAGACAGCAAUUCAAGUAAUUCUUCUAUAUCUAGUUCAGAAAUAGAAGUUACACAUACGCAUAAGACUAGAGCAGUAAAAAAUGCUCUAUUUGAAAGUGUAAAAUAA